AUGUCGACUUCGUCGGUAACGUUGCAGACGAAUAUGGGAGAUGUAACGUUUGAGCUGUAUGAGCAGCAUGCUCCCAAGGCAUGCAAGAACUUCUCUGAGCUUGCCAAGAGAGGCUACUAUAACGGAAACAUAUUUCACCGUAUUAUCGCCGACUUUAUGAUUCAAGGCGGAGACCCAACCGGCACAGGUCGCGGUGGAACAAGUAUCUACGGCCAGAAAUUCGAGGACGAGAUUACGCCCGAGCUCAGGUUUACAGGCGCUGGAAUCUUAGCCAUGGCCAACUCGGGACCAAACACAAAUGGCUCUCAAUUCUUCAUUACGCUCGCGCCUACACCUUACCUGGACGGCAAGCACACCAUAUUUGGACGUCUCGGCGCCCCCUUCGCCCCGGCUUGCACCCUCGCCCUCUACACCCCACCUCAUCGAGAAUCGUCGCUUUCUCCUGCUCCGACACUUUCCUUGGGCCGGGCGUCUUUCCCGCUAACAUCUCCACCCCAGCCGCAGCAGCAUCAGGAAACACGGGAAAGGUCUCUAUCCUCUGCGACUGAACCACCAUGGAAGUCCCGGCCUCGCCCGAAACGACAGCUAUCGACAUCGGCUCCGAAUCCACCGGCUGCUAGUCCCAAGAGGCGUAGGCAGAACGGCAAGGCGAGUGUGACGACAAAGGAUGUGACCGAAAAAGGAAACGAUUCAUCCCGUAAAGGAAACGAGGAGAAAGCAGAAGGUGAAUCUGCGAGUGGGAAAGGAAAGCAAGUAGCUGGUGCAAGAGUCAAGGUCGGAAAGAUCAAACUUCGCGUAAAGGAGGAUCCCCCCGCACCGAUCGACCCAGAGAUACACGACCCCAACUCGGGCGAUGAAAAACUCGAGACUUUGGCUUCGACCUUGUCCAAGACUGUAUCCCCCGCACCUUGGAAAUCGAAAAUAUCUCCGCCGUCUGGGCUGGUGAAUACUAACAAAGCCAAACCCGCACCCCGCCAGCUCUUCGAAAUCGACGUCAUUCAACCUACUGAAUCCAGUGCUCCACUUAAUACUUCCAAGCCGGCUCUGAUCGCCGCAAAACCUGCACGGACAGCUAAACGACCUGUAUACACCGAGAGCAACGACUCGUCCCAGGAACAGGAAGAAGAGAAAACUAAGAAACACAAGAGACGAAAGUCCCAUGCUACCGAAACAACGACGCGGAAACCAAAACCCAAACCCAAACCCAGUCGCAAAUCGAGAGUGUCUACGCCCCCUCGGUCUAGUCCCCACCCCGACUCCACAUCUGGCCCAUUGGAACUACGUCCUGCCUCGUUCUUGACUAAAUCCAGCUCGUUCUUAACCAAGCCUGUUAUUCCGUCGACUACUUUGAAUGUGCAGCCGAGAGAGGACGUUUGGUCGUAUGAUGAUUUGACAGGGCUAACAUGGAUCAAGCUGGACAUUGAAAAGUGUCAGGUUGUACCUGGGAACCAGCACCCUGUGACUUUCGGAGAACAGUGGUGCUGGUGGCCCGCCGAGGUUAAACAAAACACCUCCAACGGACUCCAACUCUCCCUCUGCGGACUCGGCAUCGAACGAGAAUUAACCCCAAACGCAGCUGCCGAAUCUAAUAUCCUGACGUUCCGAAAACCAAACAGCUCAAGCGUCCGAUUUCCGACCUUCAAGUCUGCAUUUUCGCCACCUGUUGUGGAUGUCGAAGUUCCUAAUCCGGACAACGAAGCAUUCACUCAGGUAUCCGGUGGAUUAUCAACCCCACCCACAACCGAACUAUCAUCCAUACUUCCAACUUCCUCGCCCGCUGCACUCGAAACAUCAUGGAAACGGGCGCUCACGUGUGCAUUUGAGAUCGACACCGAAUCCAACGACGGUCUCGAAGACAUCUUUCUCUUGUUCUCUCAAAGGUCCAAGAGUCCUCAGGAUGAUGACAAUGACGAACAAAGUGGGAACACGGCUUUGGACGAUCAAUCGUCGGAGCAGUCGGAAGAUGAAGAUGUUUUGGAAAACGGGAUGACGGUGUUGUGUCGUUAUCGGACUCGGUAUUAUCCUGCUAAAAUCAUUUCGUACCACCCACGAGAGGGCAAAUCCAAGAAGCGUGCGGACUCAAGGCUCGGGGCAUACCAACGGUACACUACUACCGCAUACGAAAGGCCCACCGGGAUCCGAGAACCUUCGCCAGCUCCACGUGCAGAUUCCCCAGCUCCCGAACCUAAAGAUGCACAAAUCGAUUCGAGAGAAUACUGUUCUCGCGAGAGAAUCCGCGACCAACUCAAGCCCGUAUUACCGUUUUUGAAAGGACUGAUCGAGAGGAGGUAUAUUCCGGGAAAGGGCAUCGUUGACGGUGCAGAGCUGUCCAAACCCGAGACCAAGGACGGUUCUCCUUCUACAGAGCCUGGCACUUUGGUAGCCGAGCCUUCCGACGCUGGCAAGGAACUUCAACCUACGCUGGACAGACACGCGGUGUUCAUGCAAGGUGGUCGGGCGCGGAAGAAUCUUGCGUAUUCGGUCUAUACGGGUGAUCUGAAUGAGGACGAUUGUGAAGAACUGAUGUUUGAGCUUAGUCGGUGGGCACUGAGAGGUGAACGGUGGGCCUGCGGGGAACUUGAAAAUGUGGAUGGCGGCGACCAGGAGGGCAAGGAGGGCAAGGAGGAAGAAGGAGCAGAUUCUCAGGAUGGCAGUACUCAGGAGGCUGGAGCAUCAGAUGUUGAAAACAACGCUGAGCUAGACGGAAUGGGGAGCGAGGCGUUGCAGAUGCAGGGAACCGAUAAUAGCAGCUCCACCGAGUUGGAGGAUGAACCCCUAACGGUGGUCAAGAUCCUCGAGGCAGCUCCAUCGACUCGUGGAGACUUUCGCAGUUUGGUCAAGCUGCAGCCGCCUAGGCCCAGUGGCGCAUCGGACUACGAAGCAUUGACGGCUGAAGAACGUAUGGGCUACGUUUCAGAUGUACUCUACCCCGAAGCUGCUGCUCUGAUUAUCAGCUACCGGCGGGGAAUCCGUACACAACCCGGCCCAUUGACUGACCAAGCCGCGGAACACGCACUAUACACCACCGGUCAAGAAGCCGCGAAAAAUACCACUUCGACCUCGGACUGGGUUGAGCAGAUUUUGGCUGUUCGCCAACUGCGCGAAUCAAAUUCUAAAUACCAAGUUGAGGAACAAACUCAAGUUUUAUCAGGCGGAACGAGAUCAAGGCCCAAAUAUGCAACUUCGACAUUUAAAUAA